UUUAUUCCCCCAAAAUGUGCGUCUUAAUUUGGCUAGGCCAAGAUUCCCAGUAUUGUGUGAUCAUCCACCAUUUUGUCAUUUGAUGUGAUUUUCCUAUGUGUUGUAAAUCCUAUCUCUACGAUGUUCAUGAGGAGGGAUAGGCAGCAGUUAUGUGAACUCAAUCAACAAGGUUAGAUUGUGUCUUAAGCCAAUCUCUUUUGAGAUAUAAAAGAAAGAAGCGAGCAGACAGAGAAGAGGACUUCAUACCACCAAGAAAACAGCACUGGGAGCAGAGGGCAUCCUUUGGACCCGGGGCCCCUGCACCUGGGAAGACCCUCAACCAAGGAAAGAUUGAUGACAAAGACCUUCAUCCAGAGUCAACAGAAAGCAAAAGACUUCCCCUGCAGCUGAUGCCCUGAAUUUGGACUUGUAGCCUACUGGACUGUGAGAGAAUAAAUUUCUGUUCGUUAAAGCCAUACACUUGUGGUAUUUGUGUUACAGCAGCACUAGAUAACUAAGACAAUAGGUCAGGAGAGGCGGAGGUCAGCAAUGAUAACUAGUGUUCUUCACACCAACACUCUAGGAGCACAGGUGAAUGUUCUGGAGGAUUAAUGAUUUUGACAACUAAAAAACUCCUCCUCAGUAAAAGGGUGCUAAAGCCAUCUGGAUGUGGUCAGUGGCCCUCAGCAAGUGAGUCCAGGAAAGUGUUGUUUAAGAACACUCUGUCACUCUAAAGGAGAGGGUGUUACACUGUGAUAAUUACCUUGUGAGUGGGGUAGUGCUGGGGAAAGGUUGACAAUAAAUUCAUCUUGUAAUUAGAAUCUCUACACCCAUAAGCACCUGCAAGGAACUAGGAUUCCUGCUGCGGGUACUGGCACAGCCUGAGGAGGACUGUAGACAUCCAGUAAGAAAGAGUGGAAAGAAGGGGCAAUGGCUAUUAAACUACUAACCUUGUGGCCCUGGUGAAGCAAAAGCACACAGACCUACAUGAUUGUAUUGUAGAAGGUAGAGAACAGUUGGAGAUUCUUAUUCACUAAUAAUCAUCGGGCUCAGCUAUGAAUAAAACAGAGAACAAAAUCUAGGCUGUGUCCUAAAGAGCUUACUUGUGACAAAAGCCAUGGGGCUGAGGGAGUCUGACUUUGACUUCCUAUGUAAAGUAAGGGGGGCAAAAAGAAAGCCCAGGAUGAGCGCUUUGUUUCCAGCACAAAGAAGAGCAAUGUGUGUGUGUGUGUGUAUAUAUAUAUAUGGUGUGUAUAAGAGUAUUUACAUAUCCACCUAAAUUGUGGACUAUAUGACAAAGAUGUUUUUUACAAGUAUCCACUUACAUUGGAACACCUGAAAUUUACUGAGAAAAUUAAAGUUCUAUUGCAAAAAUUUAGACUUUGGAUUGAUGACAUCUUCUCAGGCCAUAUAGAAAAUGCUUAUAUGGAAACGAAAAAACGGAAGUAAAAGUUUAAUAUUGAGGAUGGUUUAGAAAAUGAAAACUCUUAUGUUCCGUAUAUAAAAGCCACGAUAGGAAGAAUGUCUUCAGAGAACCUGGGCUCCAAGGUUCAACCAAACGCCCAGCUCAGUCAGGCCAGCAGCAUUCUUAAUUCUCCCAAUGGCCCUCCUGCUCUCUUUACUGACAGCCCUGGUGGCGUUCAGCUGUGGCCCUGCUCCAUCUCUGGGUUGUGAUCUGCCUCAAAUCCACAGCCUGGCUAGUGAGAAGAUCGUUGACCUUCUGGACCAAAUGCAGAGACUCCCCACUUUCAUCUGUCUGAAUGACAGAAAGGACUUCAGAUUCCCCCAGGAGAUGGUGGAUGGCAGCCAGCUCCAGAAGGCCCACACCAUCGCUUUCCUCCACGAGAUGCUCCAGCAGAUCUUUGAACUCUUCCAUAGAAAGGACUCCUUUCCUCCUUGGGACACUACCCGCCUGCACCAGGUCCUCAGUGGACUCCUUAAACAGCAGAAAGACUUGGAGACCUGCUUCGUGCAGGCAAUGGAAGAGGAAAAAUCUGUCCUGCCCAUUGAGGCCCCUGAAGCGGCUGUGAAGGAGUACUUUGAGGGAAUCUGUUCCUAUCUGAAAGAGAAGGAAUACAGUGAGUGUGCCUGGGAAGUUGUCAGAGUGGAAAUCAGGAGAUCUUUCUCUUCAUCGACAAACUUGCAAGAAAGGUUUAGAACAAAGGAUGGUGACAUGAGUUCAUCUUGACUUCACUUACAAUGACUGAUAUCCCCUAUCGCACUUCCAUGCAUAUCUUUGGUUAUUUCAGAAGAUGCUUAUUUCUGCUCUAGUCACA